CGACACCGGUUGCCCUCGACUGACUCGCCAAGAAACGCUCUGAUUGGACCAUAUCCUUUUCCAGGACAAAUCGCUCCUCCCACACAGAGGACAGGUCAAAGAUGGCGUCGUUGAGGUGUUUUCUUCGAUCCGGGAAGAGUGCCGUCUCGGUGGUCCUGCGAAGAGAGUUCAGCAAGACCUCUCCGGUGGCUGUGCAGGUGAACGUCCGAGAUGCCCUCAACCAGGCGAUGGAUGAGGAGCUGGAGAGGGAUGAGCGGGUCUUCCUUCUGGGGGAGGAGGUGGCCCAGUAUGAUGGAGCUUACAAGGUGAGCAGGGGACUGUGGAAGAAAUAUGGAGACAAGCGGAUCAUCGACACUCCGAUCACCGAGAUGGGCUUUGCAGGCAUCGCCGUUGGUGCUGCAUUCGCAGGGCUGAGGCCGAUCUGUGAGUUCAUGACCUGGAACUUCUCCAUGCAAGCCAUCGACCAGGUGAUCAACUCAGCUGCUAAGACCUACUACAUGUCAGCCGGAGCGCAGCCUGUCCCCAUUGUGUUCCGCGGCCCCAACGGCUCCUCCGCAGGCGUUGCAGCCCAACACUCCCAGUGCUUCGCUGCCUGGUACGGCCACUGCCCCGGCCUCAAAGUAGUCAGCCCCUGGAACUCCGAGGACGCCAGAGGUCUCCUCAAAGCAUCUAUCAGAGACGAUAACCCUGUGGUGUUCCUGGAGAAUGAGUUGAUGUAUGGUGUUCCCUUCGAGCUGUCUGAGGAGGUCAUGCAUAAAGACUUUGUCGUACCUAUUGGAAAGGCCAAGGUGGAAAGAAAAGGAACUCACAUCACUCUAGUGUCACAUUCCCGGUGUGUGGGUUUCUGCCUGGACGCAGCGGCCUUCCUGGCUAAAGAGGGAGUUGAAUGUGAGGUGGUUAACCUGCGCACUAUAAGGCCUCUGGAUGUGGACACCAUUGAGGCCAGUGUGAUCAAGACCGGCCAUCUGGUCACAGUGGAGGGGGGCUGGCCUCAGUACGGAGUGGGGGCUGAGAUCUGUGCCAGGAUCAUGGAGGGCCCAGCCUUCAACUACCUGGACGCCCCUGCCGUCAGAGUGACUGGUGUAGACAUACCAAUGCCAUACGCUAAGAUCCUGGAGGACCACAGUGUACCUCAGAUCAAAGACAUCAUCUUCUCAGUCAAGAAGGUCUUGAAUAUGUAAACAUACCAAUGUAUCCCUCCCUCUCCCACCAUUCCUCUCCAACCAUGUCUCCCUCCCUCUCCAACCAUGUCUCUCCAACCAUGUC